AUGGAUCUCUCCAAACCCUAUUUGCUUGUUGCCUGCACACUUCUCUAUGUUUCUUUGCUUGUUGGUGGCCAAUCUUCUGAUGACUUUGAAAUCAAGAAACCGGUCUCUUUUAUUCCUGACGCUAUAGAAUCUCUCCAAAAGUCUUCUAUGUCCGCCUAUAAUUGGGAGAUAAAAAAAAAAGUUCCUGGUGGUCCAGACCCCAUGCCAUCUCCUGAAACUCCUCCCGUUCAUUCUUCAGAAACUUAUUACUCUCAGCGGGAGGUAAGGAGAAAAGUUUCAAGAGGUUCAGACCCUAGAACAUCCGAAAGUCCUUCUUUUGAUUCUUCAGGUGUAUAUCACUCUCGAUGGGGGCUAAAAAGACAGGUUCCUAGUGGUCCAGAUCCCGAGACAUCCCCUGGAACGCCUCCCUUUGACUCUUCAAGUUCUUAUUACUCUCCAUGGAAGCUAAAGAGAAAAGUUCUAAGAGGUUGA